AAGAGGAUAAGCCCCGGGUCUGACGUCAGCGCUAUCGACCAAUCACAGCGCGCGUUGGUGGGCGGUGUCACGGAGGGCGCACCCCGAGGAAGGAAGGAAGGGUGGGGAGAGGAAGCUGGAAUUCAAGAUGGAGGUCACGGGCUGCCCCGCCGCCGCUGUGGGGAACGGGGACGUGGGGUCCCAGCGGGACUUGAGCCUGGUGCCCGAGCGGCUUCACAAACGCGAGCAAGAGCGGCAGCUGGAGGUGGAAAGGCGGAAGCAGAAGCGGCAGGACCAGGUGGUGGAAGAGGAGCAGAGCGACUUCUUCGCCGCCGCCUUCUCCCGGGAGCGCGCGGCGGUGCAGGAACUGCUGGAGGGCGAGCCGUCCGCGGAGCGGCUGGGGGAGGCGGCGGCCCGGCUGCAGGGGCUGCAGAAGCUUCUCAACGACGGGGUAAGGUUCCUGGCCGCCUACGACCUGCGGCAGGGACAGGAGGCCCUGACGCAGCUCCAGGCGGCCCUGGCCGAGCGGCGCCAGGAGCUGCAGCCCAAGAAGCGCUUCGCCUUCAAGGCGCGGAGGAAGGACGCUGCCUCGGUCUCCGGGGGAGGAGCGGCUGCCAACGCCCCUCCGGCUGAAGGCGUCGCGGGCCCUUCGCCGCCCUCGAAGGCAGGGGGAGCCCCCGCGCUCAGCUGGGCCUGCGGGUUCUCCCACCGCGACUCCCAGGUCUUGGAGAUGAGAGCCGACGAGCUGCGCCAGCGCGACGUCCUCCUGAGCGAGCUGAGCAGCUGUACCGUCCGGCUGUACGGUAACCCCAACACCGUGCGGCUGGCCAGGGCCCGCGGCUGCAAGGUGCUCUGCGGCCCGGUGUCCACCUCCGUGUUCCUGGAGGACUGCAGUGACUGCGUGCUGGCCGUGGCCUGCCAGCAGCUCCGCGUGCACACCACCAGGGACACCCGGAUCUUCCUGCAGGUCACCAGCAGGGCCAUCGUGGAGGACUGCGGCGGGAUCCGCUUCGCCCCCUAUACCUGGAGCUACGAGGACAUCGACAAGGACUUCGAGGGCUCCGGUUUAGACAGGAGCAAAAACAACUGGAGCGAUGUUGACGAUUUCAACUGGCUGGCGCGGGAUGUGGCCUCCCCAAACUGGAGUAUUCUUCCUGAAGAGGAGCGAGGGAUCGAGUGGGAUUGAGCCGGUGGCACUCUGUUCCCCCACCUACAGAUGCUUUCCUUGUGGGAAGGACUUCAGCCAGCGGAGCUGCAGUUGUAUGUUUUCAGUAGUUUCAACUUAGGACGGUGAUCGGCUCCUUUUUGUGAUGGCCGUUAAAUUCCUGACAUCUAACAACAUUUUGCCAUUUUGGGAAUAUCUGCCAACUUCUUUGACUCUGAUAAUUUGAAGCAAUAAGGGGAAAAGAGUGUAGUGUUGGUUCUGAAGCUGACCACAGAGCAUGAUAAAAUAAGUCUUCAAUAAGUGUUUAACAAGCAAAGUCGGGAGGGCUGCAGGAGCAGCCGGUUCAUAAGGAAAUAUGGUACCCAACCUGUGCAAAAAUAACAUUUACAGAAGUUUUUUGAAUAAAGGUUUGACUUACAUAAGCGUUUCUCAGCAGGCCAAUAAAAAACUCCUCUUCGGUCUUUA